UUGCCCAGUCCUUGUUCUCCCUGCCCUGGACGACUAGCGGUACAAACUGCGAGAUUGUGCAGACUCGAGGGUUCCCUAUCCUCCCCACCCCCACCCCCCACCGCCGCAACAUUUUAUCGCAUCUAAUCGUCGGCGACCUCGCCGCCGCCGGCGGGACACAUCAGACCAGGCCUUCUUCCAUUCGAAGUCUUCUCUCGCGAAAGGAAGCCACAUGGUGUCGAAUGCUAUUAUUACCAGUUGGACUCUGUGAUGCUUGGUUAGAUAACUUAGGAUCUCAUUGUUCUUGACGAAACUGCUGGCUCAAGGAGAAUGAUGAGUAGAAAAAUACAUGGUGAAAAUGACUCUGAGAGAAUCACUAGUGAUGGGACAGCUGCCCGCACAAGACCUCUGAGCAUUCAGGACAUUAUUUUGCAGCGUGAAAAGAAGGCUGUAUCAGAAGCUAAGAAAACCAGGGAAGGGCUCCAAGACAAUGAUAAGGGUGCAUCUAAUCACUUGGAACAAGAAAGAGGAUACAAAAGCAGAAAGGAUCCCAAAGAUAUGCCUGUGGAGGCUUCCAAAAAGGAGAAGAGUAGAGAUACAGCAAGGGAGGGCUCCAAGAAAGAAAAACCAAGACAUAUACCAAGGGAAAGUCCCAAAAAGGAGGACAUGAGAUAUACACUAAAGGAGGUAUCCAAGAAGGACAAGUCUAAAGAUAGGCCAAAAGGUGGUUCCAAGAUGGAUGACCUGAAAGAUACACCAAAUGUUCCAGAGAAGGAAAACCUGAGAGAUGCACCAAAGAUCUCCAGGAAAGAGAGGCCCUCCAUAAGAGAUUUUGACCAUUUAGUUGGCAAAGACAAAGGCAUUCGCAAUUCUCAGAAAGUUAGCUCAAGCAUGAGUAGCAGGGCUGAUGAAAGCAAAGAUAGAAACCUUGCUGAGAUCGGAGCAAGAAAUGGUGAUGCAGCGAGAUCCAAACAUCAAAAGGGACCUGUGAAAAAAUGGAAUGAUGAAACUGCUGAUAAUGAUAGAAUCAAGGAUGGAAGUGAGAAGCUUCGAAAUGAGACUAAGAGAAAAGGCCGUAGCUUUGAUAGUGAGAAGAGUUUAGAGGUUGGUCGCCCAAUGUUGAAGAAGCAUGAUUCUGCACAGUUCCAAGAUUCCAGAUAUUCUGAUAGAAAUGAUGGAAGGAAUGAAUAUGCAAAACCAUACCGUGGAGAGCCAAGAUUGAAAAGGAGAAGGUCUAGAAGCAGGGAUCAUGAUCGAGAAAGACACGGCAGGUCUAUCUCACCACCACCAAGGGAACAAAGGCAUAGCUACCGUGGACAUGGUUUUGUUAAUUAUCCUCCAUACUACUCAAUGGAGAAAUCAAGGAGGAAGUAUCCUGAAACUGACAAGCAAAGAACAUCUGGGAGUGGUGGAUACAGUAGUGGGUCUCACCAGAGACAUGAAAGUUGGCUUGGUGGAUACUCGCCAAGGAAAAGGAAAACAGCACUGCAAGCUGAGCAGGCAACUACAAAGACUCCUGACCCGGUCAUUCAGUCCCCAGAAAAGAAAUCAGCCACAUGGGAUCAACCUCCUGUCAAAGAAGACCAACCUAAUUUCCUUACCACUUUGCAGCCAACUGUUGGCCAAAUGGCUCCUUCUACUCCAUUCAAUUUUACUACAUUAAAGAAGGACCCUGCAACUAAAGUCGAGACUAUAUUGGCAGGGAAUAAUCUGGUUGCAGAUUCUAUCCAGCUAACACAAGCAACCCGCCCACUCAGGAGGCUGCACAUUGAAAAUUUACCUGUUGCAGCAACAGAGGAUAGGUUGAUUGGCUAUUUGAAUGACUUGUUGUCUUCUGGCAUUAAACAUACCCAGCGGUCUAAACCAUGCCUCAGUUGUACGAUAAACAAGGACAAACGUCAGGCAUUUGUUGAAUUUCUUACACCAGAGGAUGCUACAGCAGCUCUUUCUUUUGAUGGAAGGUCUCUCAAUGGAUCUGCUUUGAAAAUUCGACGCCCCAAAGACUAUGUUGAAAUGGCAAAUGUAGCUCAUAAGAAGCCUGCUGAAGAGAUUAUUGUAAUAUCAGACGUUGUUGCAGAUUCACCACACAAGAUUUUCAUAGCUGGGAUUGCUGGAGUGAUCUCAUCUGAGAUGCUAAUGGAGAUUGUUAGUGCAUUUGGCCCAUUGGCUGCGUACCGAUUUCAUUUUAACGAGGAGCUUGGUGGGCCCUGUGCAUUUCUUGAGUAUGUUGAUCACUCCAUUACAUCAAAGGCAUGUGCUGGCCUCAAUGGGAUGAAGCUUGGUGGAUGCGUACUAACUGUUGUCCAUGUGUUUCCUAAUCCUCCUGCAGAGGUUGACAACAAGGCUUCCCCGUUUUAUGGCAUUCCUGACAAUGCCAAAUCGCUUCUUGAAGAACCAACUAAGGUCCUGCAGCUAAAAGAUGUGUUUGACCGAGAAGAGUAUAUGCUACUUUCAAAAUCUGAGCUGGAAGAAACAUUGGAAGAUGUACGCAUGGAAUGUGCAAGGUUUGGAGGAGUCAAGUCCGUUAAUGCAGUUGAGUAUCCUAUUGGUAAUGACAACACUGGAGAGGGUAACAUUGUUGAGCCUGAAGGCAGGUCAGACAAGAUUGAGCCCACUGAAUAUGGUGACAAUCAAAACAAUACAGUGGUACCAAACCAGAGCCAGGAUCAGAAGGACACACACCUUCCAUCAAAUGCAGCACAGUCUGAGAAUCAAGCACCUGUAGAAGAUUUGCACACAGACCUAGAUGACACUCAGCCUAGAGCUGCUCUUCCCACAUUGCAACAUGCAGAAUCUAAUCAGAUGGUUUCGGAAGCAACCACGGAUGAGGAUAACCAUAUGGAGGCAGCAGCAGCCACUACCAUGAUGGAUGAUGAUGCAGUAGAAAACAGACAUCCAGACCCAAGAACCUUAGAGACCUGUAGUCCUGCAAAGCCCGGAGAUCAGACAGAGAAAUCUGGAAAGGAGAGCGAGCAACAACGUGCUGAUGAUGUGAGUCAAGAUCCUGUGGAAAAAGCACUCACUGUUGAGACAAGAGAGGACAUUUUUGUCUUCGAACCAGGUUCUGUGCUUGUGGAGUUCAUGCGUAAGGAGGCUGCAUGUGUGGCCGCACAUUCAUUACAUGGACGGCGUUUUGGCAACAGAACUGUCUCUGCUGGAUAUGCUCCACGUGAUCUCUACUUGCAGAAAUACCCAAGGUGAUUCUGUGCUGAGACUCUGCUGUUCUGAUGAUAGUUCAGCCUUGCAAUGUGCCUAUAGUUACAGGAUCUUUAGUUUUGAGCCUUUGGAUGUAUCGUUCGGUCAGGAUAGUGUACUUUUAGCAGGAGAUAUAGUGAGAUCUAUUCCACAGUAGUUCCUUGAGCUGAAAACAAUAGGAUACGGGUGAUCAUUAACCAUUCUUCUUAAUUUGCCUGCUGUAGUCAAGGGGGGAAAGAAUCGGAACCUUCCCUUGCAAAUGUUGUUCACUUGACUAUAUACUUCCAAGUUCUGAGCUUUCACCUUCCUCA